UCACUCAUGGACAAAAAGACAUUCAAACACGGGUGGCUUCUAUGUUACUAGUUCGUCACCCAUGUGAAUGCAAAGAGCGGUUCGACAAGAGAUUGAGCGUCGCGUAGAUGCUGUCCCACCACCAGCUUGAGUCGCUUCGACUGCUAUGCGAAACCAGCAGACAAUGGGAGUCUCGGGUGUUUAAACCCAAACAGUUGCUCCAAGUCCACGGGAGCCAUCUCCAUCCGUCGACUAUCAAGCCUCCGUCCACGGCACCGGCUAUGAACGGCGCGAAAAGUGGAGACGGGAGGCCGAAGGUCCAGAGGCCGGAAUCGCUACGAGCAGCCCCACCGUUCUCGGCGGCCCUCCGGGGUUUUCGGGGGUUAGACCUCCGUGUCCGGGCUCGCCGGAAAACUCGUGACCAAAAGCAUGCCCUCUUCGUCCAAACCUUAUCUAGCCGGCUUUGUGGAUUUUCCUUCUCCGGCGCACGCUCAUUCGACAAAAAGCAGCCGCUCGGCGCGCACGUAUAUCCGUACUGACAAGGAUUCCGAAAAUGAAGCUUGACAAACUCACCCGCCCCAUCGUCUCUUCUUCCCCCUCGCACGUGGGCUGUCCAUGGUCUACGUCGUUGGUGAGUGGGAUUCCAGGUCCGAGCAUAAUGGGGGGGGACGUUUCAUCGAGAGUGGUGACGAGCGAUGCCUUGCCUUCAGCAUCCAAUCAGACGGCGUCAAUACUUGGAGUUAUGUUCCACAGCGGUGGGAG